CAAAUGAUUGCGUGCGGUAUAUCCCAUGGGGAAGAAAACUAAUUAAAAAUGCAGAAUUGAAAUAUUUGUGUUUUUGAAUUCCAAAAUAUAUUAUAUUUAUAAAACAAAAAAUCAAGUAAAAAAACAUGUCUUUUAGCAGUAGUGCGUUAGAAAAGAAACUCGGGGAGCUAUCUAACUCACAACAGAGUAUACAAACGUUAUCAUUAUGGCUGAUUCAUCACCGAAAACAUGCGAAAACAGUCGUUGAUGUGUGGUUGAAACAGCUUAUAAAGGGUAAACAUUUGGUAUUUGUUGGUUUCAAAUAUUAAUCCAAGUGGUAUUUGUACUAGAGUUAUUAUCACUACUACAGCUUUAGCUGAUGUAUAUUUGAUACCUCCUUGGAGAUAUUUGGCAUACCUAAGUAACUGUCAUGCUUUGUGUGGGGGGCGGGGGGAGAGAGGACUCACAGGUGUUCGUUGUGGGUGUAUCAUGUCAAUAAACUUGGCAUCUGGUUUCGUAAUCUCUUAAUAACACCCUAACCACCACCAGCAACAAACGCCUAGUCCAGUGUGGAAAGUUUGUAUCGCGCGGCGGAUAUUAAUUUUGAUGCUUACUAUAUAUUUACUAUUAAAUUUUCGAAAUCUCCGGCACGCAAUUUCCAAACUUUCCAGUCUGGCGCCUAGUAAGUAGUAUACAAGUUCUGCUUGUAUUUUUCACUAUUAAACUUUCUUAAAAUCUUGGGUGCACAAUUUCCAAACUUUCCUGCAGUCGGGGAAAUCGAUCGUCUGUCAAGAUGCAUAAUCAGUUUAUUAAUGGUCAUCGGUCUGACUGCAAAUACAAGAUAAACCAGCACGAUUGCUAGAAUAGCACAACCUCACUAUACUGCCACUAAAUCAUGCAUAUUUUUCAGAUUGUUGCCACAUUUAUCUGCACACUGUCAGACAGAUCGUCUUUGUCAAUUGUUCACAGUUUGAAUUGGGCCAUCUGUUUUGCAGUGAAGAAUUUCGGCCAAUAUGCGUUCGGUGAUCAAUAUAUUUGUGCCCAAUUUGCUUCUAAGGGGUCAUAUGCAAAUAAUCAGCCUUCGAAAUUGAGAUCGGGAAAACAACAGGUCUGCACUUUAGUUGGCUUUGUUGAAUUCUGACCUCGGUUUUGAGGGCUGAAUACUAAUUCUAAAACACUAAAGUAUAUUUUCUAUUUACUUCCCGUCACAGCAAAAGCUUCCAAAAAGCUGACAUACAUGUAUCUUUGUAACGAUGUGCUACAAAACAGUCGAAGAAAAGGAGCAGAAUUUAACAAAGAGUUCGUUCAAGUGUUACCGAACGCCAUCACGCAUUGUUCAAAGUAAGAUGGAAUUUUGUUGUGUAAUCUAUCCAGGAUGGUCUGGAGAUUUUGAGGUGUUCGGCUCACCGUGAAUAUUUCUAUAUUGUAGAGAGUUAACUCCGGAAAUGCAAAAAUCCUUGGAAAGAAUUAUUGGUAUCUGGUCACAGCGGGGUGUUUAUGAUUCUGGCAUGAUUGAGAAAUUACAAUCAUCACUAGGUACUGUUUAGUAAGAGCAAUGCCUCAUUGAUGCAGUGUUACUACAGAAGGAAAACUAAACUAACUUUAUUUAUACUGGAUAGCUCUAUCAGUUAUAAACUGUUCUCCCUAGAGGUCCAGUAAGGAUCAUCUCUUAUUUAUCCAGUGUUACUACAGGAGGAAACCUAAACUAAAAUAACUUUACUGGAUAGCUCUAUCAGUUCUAAACUGUUCUUCCUAGAGGUCCAGUAAGUAUCAUCUCUUAUUGAUCCAGUGUUGAUACAGGAAGAAACCUAAACUAAACUAACUUUAUUUAAUAUACUGGAUAGUUCUAUCAGUUCUAAACUGUUCUUCCUAGAGGUCCAGCAAGGAUCAUCUCUUAUUGAUCCAGUGUUACUACAGGAGGAAACCUAAACUAACUUUACUUAUAUUGGAUAGCUCAAUCAGUUAUAAACUGUUCUCCCUAGAGGCCCAGUAAGGAUCAUCUCUUAUUUAUCCAGUGUUACUACAGGAGGGAACCUAAACUAAAUUAACUUUACUUAUAGUCUUAUACUGGAUAGCUACUGUUCUCCCUAGAGGUCCAGUAAAGGUCAUCUCUUAUUGAUCCAGUGUUACUACAGGAGGAAACCAAACUAAACUAACUUUAUCUAUACUGGAUAGCUCUAUCAGUUCUAAACUGUUCUCCCUAGAGGUCCAGUAAGGAUCAUCUCUUAUUGACCCAGUGUUACUACAGGAGGAAACCAAACUAAACUAACUUUAUCUAUACUGGAUAGCUCUAUCAGUUAUAAACUGUUCUCCAUAAGACUUCUGUUCUCCAUUUAGCUUUAGGUUCAAGUAGAUUAUCGCCGGUGGCCAAACGUCCUCGGAUAGAAGUAGAAACAAAUAAUGAAGAUAAUGAAGGCGAUGAUGAUGACGAUGUUGUGUCAGAAAGCGAUGAUUCUGUAGAACCACCAGAUGUAUGGGAUUUAGUGUGGUUUAAUACAACAUUUCAAAUCCAUAGACAUAAAUACUAUAUGCACAAAAUUAGAUCAUUCUGUAAUUAACAAAUUAAGUCGCAUUGCACCCUAAUCUACCCAAAUUUAUCAUGCUACUUUUGGCUAAAUUACUUUAAAAAAGAAUGACCGAAUGGCAUGGAGAACAGUGUGAUUUUUAAACAAUGAAAAGACAAUGGAACAUUCUGAUCACUGGAUGGCAUGGAGAACAGUGGGAUUUUUAAAACAAUGAAAAGACAAUGGAACAUUCUGAUCACUGGAUCAUGACUGGAUGGCAUGGAGAACAAUGCAAUUUUCAAAACAAUGAAAAGACAAUGGAACAUUCUGAUCAUUGGAUCAUGACUGGAUGACAUGGAGAACAGUGAGAUUUUCAAAACAAUGAAAAGACAAUGGAACAUUCUGAUCACUGGAUGGCAUGGAGAACAGUGAGAUUUUCAAAACAAUGAAAAGACAAUGGAACAUUCUGAUCACUGGACCAUGACUGGAUGACAUGGAGAACAGUGGGAUUUUCAAAACAAUGAAAAAACAAUGGGACAUUCUGGAAUGGAACUUAAUUACCUUCAUUGCAAAACCAAAAUAUUUAUCGAACCAUAUUAUUACAGUAAUUGUAAUUCUUCUGAAUUAGCCAAUACCAAGUCCGCUAUAUUGUGUUUUUCACAUUGAAAUUGCGUCGCUGCUGUUGCGUCCCUUGACCAGUGAAUGGACAACUUGCAUGUUUAGGCUAAAUUUUAAUCUAAGUAACGAGAAGGGAAUCAAACACCACAGCUAAAAAGAACAUAAUGAAAUUAGUAAAAUUGCAAGAUUUGGUUGCGAAAUGUUGUAAAGCUUGGAAAAUAUAGCCUUGCAAAGUUUGCAAAUUUUGUAUAUGUUUGUAUUGCGUGAGGAAAUUGUUACCAUUUUCGGCUCAAAAACGGUAACAAUUUCCGCACGUAAUACAAACAUACACAAAAUAUGCAAACUUCGCAAGGCUAUAUUUUCCGUAUUUUACAACAUUUCGUAACCAAAUUUUGCAAUUUCACUAAUUUUAAUAAGUUCUUUGCGGGAAUUUACUUUUCUUAGUCCAGAUAAAAAAUUAGUCUAACAUGCAAGUUGUCUAUUGCCAGGAUAAAGAGCAUUGUAGAAAAUCUUUCAUAACCAUCUUUCUAUUCUCUCUCGUAGUCAGAUUAUUUGAUCAAGGCUUUACAAGAUCUAGAACGUAGCGCAUCACAAGAUGCAGAGGUUCGCGAGAGAAUUGCAAAUCUCCCAACCGAAGUACAAGACGCUUCAGGAUUGGAGAAAAUAGAAGGUAUCUUUCAUUUCGCGGGUAAAAAUCUCGCAGCUUGUCAAGAAGAUGUGUUCGCAUUGCUUGUUCCCAGUUGUUGACAAGUCUGGAACGAGUUGUUAUCAUCUUGUAACAGGGUUGACGAGGCCAACAGACUCGCAACAAGUUGUUCCAACAAGUCUGAUAUCGUCUGCACGCAACAAGUUGUUAACAAGUUGAUGACAACAAGCUCGUAGCAACUUGUUACGAACAGCCUGUAUUAGUCUUGUUGAAACAACUUGUAGCAAGUUUGUUACCGUCAUCAACCUUGUAACAAGGUGAUAACAACUUGUUCCAGAUUUGUCACAACAACUGCGAACACUUUAUCUGCUAUAUUAAACAUUAUAAAUUGAUACCUAAUUCAUUUCGAUGUUCCAUCUAGAUCGUGAAAGUGCUGAAAAGCUAGCGAAAGUUGUCGAAAGCGCGUGCGUGUUGCUGGCAGACUAUAACGGUAGAUUAUCUGCAGAACUAGACGAUAGAACGGCAGUUUGUAAAAUGCUCCGAGCUUAUUUGUCUUCCCAGAAGAAGAAAGUGUCGGAUUGCGAUCAACGAAUAGAGGUACAUGGGUACUUCAAUAUUAUUUUGUGUUGAAAGAUAUUUGGCAAUUUUAAUUCCUCUCAUAGCUACGAAAUAAUUGGCAAUGUCUCCUAAUGGGAAACAUGGCUAUAGGAAACGAUGUUUCCUGCUUUGGUUUGUCCAUCUUCAGGAAACAUGGCUAGAGAACAAUAUUUCCUGGUUUGUCUACCUUCAGGAAACAUGGCUAGGAAACAAUGUUUCCACGGGUUUGCCCACCUUCAUGAAACAUGGCUAGGAAACAAUGUUUCCGCGGGUUUGUCCACCUUCAUGAAACAUGGCUAGGAAACAAUGUUUCCUGGUUUGUCCACCUUCAUGAAACAUGGCUAGGAAACAAUGUUUCCGCGGGUUUGUCCACCUUCAUGAAACAUGGCUAGGAAACAAUGUUUCCUGGUUUGUCCACCUUCAUGAAACAUGGCUAGGAAACAAUGUUUCCUGGUUUGUCCACCUUCAUGAAACAUGGCUAGGAAACAAUGUUUCCGCGGGUUUGUCCACCUUCAGGAAACAUGGCUAGGAAACAAUGUUUCCUGGUUUGCCCUGGGCCGUAGUUUCUGCCAUGUUGAUAAACUAAUCAUAUACUUGGGUCUUACUUGACAGAGAUACAAGGCGAAGUUAGAAAAGGUCGCGUUGGUCAGGAAAGAACUCAGAUCUCAUUUGGACAACCUGCCUGAUUUGAGCCUCCUACCCGACGUCACUGGCGGGCUGGCCCCCCUACCAUCUGCGGGCGAUCUAUUCGCAAGGUGACCGUGAGUGUGGACUAUCGAUAUAUACUCAAACAUUCAAUGACCUUGUCCUUGAUUGACAAAGUGUAGUGUAUAUAUGUAACUUAGAUAUUGCGGAUUUAGAUACGAUUUUAAAUAACUUAACCAAACUAUUCUUAGCUGUAAAUUUAAUACAAUUCCAUUAAAC